UUUUCUGGGCUUAGGGUUAGGGUUUGGACUGAGAAGCCGCGAGGAAACCGGCAAUCGUGGAGGGGCGUGGAGAAGCCGGGAGUGGCCGAAACGGAUCCAUUCCAUGGCAGUAUGGGACCCGUUUUACUCGGUUGCGGGAACUUCGUGCGCAAAGUUCACAUGGCGUCCGUCAUCGGAGCCGAACUCUUCGUCGUCGUCGUCUAGGGUUUCAUGCAUUCCCGCUCCUGCCUUUUUCUCAGUGCGGCUUUCCUUCUCCAUUGGCAAUUUUUGCCCUUUCUCACGCAUGGAUAUCCUCGCAUUUAGGAUUGUCAUAGACUUUGUUCUCGUUCUUGGUUUUAUCCAACUGCUAGGCGAGUAGGAUCGUGAUGGCAGGAGCAUAAGUACGUUGGCUGCUUCAAAACUAGGGCUUUUUAACAUGGCUUAUGGAGUUUCCUUUUUGCCCUUUCGUAUGAUGGUUUGAAGUUAGGGUUUUGCCUUGGUUUUUAUAGAAAUUACCAAUUUCUAAAAGUUUGUGCUUUUUGAGUCCCAUUAUUUUGUUUCAUGUUAUCAACCAAGGUGCGAUUUUGCUUGUUAUUUUGACUGUAGUGUUUAUUCGGACGAUCUUAAGGUGAUUUAUGGGCUAAAAGGAGCUCGAGCUCGACUUUCUUUUCUUUUUCCUUUUUUAUGUUGAAUGUAGGAUCUACGGCCACUCUGUUGCAAAGAUGGCGCCUGCUGUGGAAUGCAGGAAAUGCAAACGACGGGUCUCAUCUGAUAGGUCCAGUUCUCCUAAUAGUGAUCGUCAUUCCCCUCUCAGGAGGACCUCCUUUCGAAGAGAAAGAUCGCCUGCUCCUCAGAAGAGCUCUCCAGAACUAGGUCACUGACUAAGAAUUAAUUGAGCUCAGUCUCCAGUGAAAGCAAAUGUGUCCGAUCGAGCUAGGUCAGCUAAACACAUGCGGCAGCUCAAGGCUAGUGCUUCACGCUCACUAUCAGCACAAACCAAUCGUUUAAAACGAGCUCAAGCUGAGAGGUCACUAGAUAGAGAGCAUGGGGGAAAAUUAGGCAAGGAAGAUCAUGAUAAAGGGAGGCACAAAAGACAUAUGGAGGUUAAAGAUUUUUCAAGGGAUAGGAAAUCAUCAAGAGAGAAGAAUGAUGGUGUUUCAUCAAAAUCAUCAAGUCGGGAUCAUUCAAAUUCCCCAAGGGAUAGUUCCCUGCCCCUUACUAGGGCUUCGAAGGUUGGGCACGGGGUGACGUGUCUGCAAAAGCCAUCAUUUGAGCUGUCUGGGAAGCUUGCUGAGGAGACUAAUAGAGUUCAAGAUAAACAGAGCCUCUAUAUGUGCACCGGCAGAAUCUUUACCUUUGUGGUAGAGAAGAGGGGUUGCAGACAUCCCAACAGAUCAUCCAUCUUGUAGCAAACAACAUGCUGUUAUCCAGUAUAGGCUUGUUGAAAAGGAACAACCAGAUGGUUUAACAUCAAAACAAGUAAGGCCUUAUCUAAUGGAUCUUGGAAGUACAAAUGGGACAUUUAUAGAUGAUAAUCAUAUUGAACCACAACAUGGUAUUAUGAACUUGAAAAGGAUACUAUUAGGUUUGGCAACGGUAGGUAUGAUUAUUAGUUUCACAUGAUUUUAAUUUUGUUUCCUCUGGAUAUAAACAUGUUCAUUUCUCUUUUGCAGUAGUAAAACCAAUGUUAGAUCUCCAAUUAUUAAAUGUUAAUAUGACCUCGUGUUUUUAUAAAGCAUAAGCCACGACAAUGAUCGCUAACUGUGCUCAUGUUGUUGCACUUGUAUUUCAAAGUUAUUUUAUUCUAAUCGGCAUGAAAGCAUGACUUGCAAAUUUUUAAAUGAGAGGAGAAGAAGCUGCCCCCAAUUAUGGUAUAACUAACUCAUCAUCAUAUCUAACAUACGUCAAUAUACUUGCUUGCAGCCAGGAAUAUGUAUCAUUACAUGAGAACCCGGGUUGAAAAGCCAAUCCUAAAGGAUUGUUGAUCCAACAAUCAGUCCGUUGAAAUUGCUGCAUUUGUUUUUGUUAUUGCUGGCUUAGCCAUUCUGGUGAGCAAAAUUUCUGAUGCUUUAGAGUGCACUGUUUUGUUCAGAUAAGAGCUAUUUUUGUAUAUGAUUUUGACGAUACUGGAGUUUCUCUGAUGCCGAAUUCACAUUUAUUGUUUCUUUUUAUCAU